AUGAAUUAUCAAUAUUCACCAAAACGUCCCAAUAAAAUAUUAAAAUCGAAAGAGGAAUCUCCUGAUGAAGUUGCCGCUACAGAUGCAAGAGCUGAAAUGAAGAACCUCUUGAAAGGUCAAAUACCCGAAGAAUAUCGGUUGGAUUAUAGUAAGACUUUAAGUGAACAGACAGCAAAGAUAUACGAAAAAUUAAUACCUGAAUUAAAGAAGUUGAUGAGUGGACAUUAUAAUCCGUCGGUAACCCAAUUGUCAGACUGGUUACGAUCGAUGCACAAGCAUAAAAGAGAUAGAAAAAGGAAACGACAAUCAGGCCAAUUAGACAAAUCAUUUGAAAUUAAUCUUUAUAUAUUCGACAGAAAAAAAAUAGACGAGUAA